AUGGCUAUUCUCAGUGCCAAAUUGAUAUUGGUUGCAUCUGGGGCACUUUCUUAUGUCUUGGUUCAACAUGCCCCCGAAUCUCUGCCUCCGCCUCUGAGAACCAGCUAUAUCGGAGUGUUUGCUUCGCUAUGUCUCGUUCAAUUUGUAGCAUUGUUCACAUAUGCCAUGUUUCUGAAACCAUUCUGGCUCAGUCCUUUAACCAAGCUGCCACAGCCAAAGGGGGGAGGGCUUCUGAAUGGCCAUUUCAAGACAAUCUAUUCCUCUGGAGCCGGAGAAACUGAAAAGAAAUGGUUCAACGAAAUACCAAACGACGGCCUCAUUUAUUAUCGCGGAUUGUUAAAUAAUGCUAAUGUCAUUGUCACCUCACCUGAAACCCUCCAAGAGGUCUUGACGAGAACGUACGAAUUUCCCAAGCCCGUGGGAAUUAUAUACUUGGUUGGUCGAGUACUAGGUAUUGGCCUAGUGCUGUCCGAAGGCGACGUUCACAAGCAGCAACGAAGGACUUUCCUGCCAGCAUUUGCUCCCAGACACGUUCGCGACAUGUAUCCCAUAUUUUGGUCCAAGGCUUGCCAGGCAGUAACAAAUCUAACUUACAUCGGCAAUGGAGAACAGCUGGAAUUUGAAGUCGGUCAUUGGGCCUCCCGAACUGCAAUCGAUAUCAUCACCAUGGCCAUGAUGGGCAAAGAUUUCGGUGCCAUUGCCGACGCUAAUGCCCCUCUCUUUAAGGUUUAUCGGGCUUUGCUUGAGCCCACUCGAGCCUUUCUCGUUCUGGCGAUGAUGAAGGCCUUCUUCCCAGCGCCCCUCGUCGACCGUCUUCCUGUGAAGUGGAACAGGUGGAUGGACGAGGCAGUGGAGACCAUCCGUGGUACUUGCCGCGGCAUGCUGCGCGAGAAGAAGCAAAAAUUAGCAGAAAAGUCCCUUCUUGAGAAGGACUUUCUCAGCAUAGCUGUUCAGUACGAGGAUAUCGCCCAAGUAUCCGAAGAUGGUGUUAUCGACCAGUUGACCAACGCCCUCGGCGCCGGACACGAGACCAUCUCCGUCGCCAUUACAUGGGUUGUUUACAUGCUCUGUGUUCAUCCUGAAUGGCAAACACGAUUACGAGAGGAGGUUCGAACAAACUUCCCUAGUCCUACUGAACUAGCGGAGACCGGACGGGAGGCCACGGCUUCGGAUGUCGACAACAUGCCCUUCCUGCAAGCUUUCAUCAACGAAACUCUCCGUCGCUUCCCCCCGGUCCCUGUGACUGCGCGUUGGGCUACCAAUGAUUCCAUUAUCGCCGGCCAAUUAAUUCCCAGUGGUACACGCAUAGCUAUCCCUAUCAAAGCUGUGAAUUGGGACAAACGUCUCUGGGGCCCUGAUGCUCACGAGUUCAAACCCGAGCGGUGGCUGGGCCCGGAUGGCAGGCUAUCAGGGACCGGCGGUGCAAACUCCAAAUACUCUAACUUAACUUUUUUGCAGGGAACGCGUGCUUGCGUCGCUCAAGUUCUUGUCAAGGCGGAAAUGGCCUGCGUUGUCGGCUCUUGGGUUGGACGCUUUGACCUUAGUCUCGUGGAUGAGACCCUUCUAGACGAAGCAAACAUGAAAAUUUCGGGGGGCAGUCUGUCUGGAAAACCUCUUCACGGUUUGCAUGUCAAAGCACGGGUGUUGGAAGGGUGGUAG